CUCCCGACAAAAACAAUUCUGGACGAGCUAAGGUUUGCUAGCUCCUGCACAAAUGCUGCAUGUACACAUUACCUGACAAAAGUUGUCGCAGUAAUCCGUCGACGACGUUAUGGAUAUCUCCUGCUGCCUGAGCAGGUCUUCGAAGGCUCUCAGCGUGGCGAGCAGGGUCUCCAUUGCCACCAAAGUGUCCGAAUCGGAGUCCAGGGCCCGAUCGCUCCAUUCGUGCUCCGGCUCGACAUUACUCUCCGCCAUCUUCCCUCUCCACUACUGCGCGUAUGCAGUGCAACCCGGCGACGCGUUCCAGUACCGUAGGAAUAUUUAGAGCGAGCAUCACUUUCCUCGUGCAACAUACCUUCCACGGCACUAGGUGGCAGUGCAUUGUUUUUUAACCCUCCCACCCGGAAGUGGAUGGUUCCUUCUGUCACACACGUGGAAAAGUACAACAUGGGGAAGUCCAAGCAAACGGGAAACCACAAGAACGGAAGCAAGAGGAACAUUUCAAAGACAUGGAAGACAAAACGCAGGACUAAAGAUUUGGAUCAGAUCCAUGCAGACAUCAAGCCUGAAACAGCGGCCAAACUUCUGAACCAGGAGGUGGACUAUGACGUGACAGGCUGUGCUCAACACUACUGUUUACACUGCGCAAGGUAUUUUAUUGACAUGAAGGCCUUAAAAGAGCACUUCAAGACUAAAGUCCACAAAAAACGGUUGAAGCAACUCAGAGAGGAGCCUUACACCCAGGCGGAGGCAGACAGAGCGGCUGGUAUGGGCUCAUAUAUCCCUCCAAAAGUUGUUGAAGUGAAGACACAACCAAUUGAAGAGGAUAUGAGCUAAACCUGGCUGCUCUUCAUUCAUGGACUCUGCUUAUAAUUCCUAUAAAGGAAGCAAAACAUACUUACAUGACCAUGCUGUUGGAGCUCUGAUGCCAAGAUUUAUGCAUAGUGGCCUAUCAGACUGAGACUUGCCCUGAUGUAAAUACCAAUGGCGUGUGAUCAUUGCCCAAGAAUAAACA